CCAAGCGGACAGCUCUGUGGAGCAAUGCGAGCGUACACUGCGCGGCCAACCUGAACUGUCAGCUGUAGCAGGAGUCCUCUGCCGUGUACCAACCAUUAACGGUCUAUGGUACCAACCAGCUCGACAGAGACACCCGGAAGGCACGAAAGUCAAUUUCAGAGAGCACCAUGAAUCGCUUUAAGACCUCCAAAUUCAAAAACACCACUCCGAAAAUUGCCAAGAAAGAUGGAUGGAUCAACAACGUCCGAGCUGGUUCUUUCUCCUGCCAGGGGAACCACAUCAAAGCGAGCACCAAGCUGGUGGCCUUUAAUACCGAGCAGGCUGGUGGAGGUAUGUUGGGCCUGUCCUCAGUUAAACCUGGAUCAGAUGGCGGAUGGACGGUCACUCAGAUUUCCUGCCAUUCUGAUCUGGUGACUGAUAUGGACUUUUCUCCUUUUGAUGAAUGUCUCCUGGCAACAUGCUCUGGAGAUGAAACGGUGAAGCUUUGGCGUUUGUGUGAUCCAGAGCUGCAGCAGCCCAGCGCUCCAGAGCUGACCCUUUGUCCAGGUCAGGGCAGGCUGGAGCUGGUGCUUUUCCACCCCACCUCCUCUGGCUUGCUGGCUGUCGGUAACACCAAGUCCCCCCUGAUUUGGGACACCAGCCGCCAGGAUACACCCCUAGCAGUUCUGGAGCAGCACGGUGACCAGCUGCAGAGUAUGUGCUGGAAACAGGACGGUUCCCUACUGGCUUCCUCUUGCAAGGACAAGAUGCUGCGAGUGUUUGACCCCAGAGCCCAGCUGACACCUGUUCAGAGCGCGAAGAGCCUUCAGAACAACAAGGAUUCCCGCAUCCUGUGGGCCAAAGAUGACCUUUUACUCACCACCGGCUUUGAUAUGAUGCGUAGUCGGGAGGUGAGGCUUUGGGACAGCAGGAAGCUGAGCUCUUCUGUCAGCUCGGCGUCACUCGGCACCUCCAGCGGAAUGGUGAUCCCUCUGUUUGACGAUGACACUGGUCUGCUCAUACUGGCUGGCAUGGGCGACACUGUGGUAGAUUGUUUUGAAGUGUCUGCCUCGGAGCCUUUCUUCUCACAAGUAAGCCACUGUCUGACCGACACCUCAACACGAGGAGUUGCCAUGGUACCGAAGGUGGCGUUGGAUGUUAUGUCCUGCGAAGUGAUGCGUGUGCUUCAGCUGACGGACAGCUGCAUUGUGCCAAUCAGCUAUCAAGUCCCUCGCAAGCAUUCAGGCCAGGAGUUUCAUGAUGAUAUUUACCCAAACACAGUGGGCACAACUCCAGCCAUGUCUGCUGAGGAGUGGUGGAAGGGAGGGAACAAGCAGGUGGAGAAAGUCAGCCUCCACCCAGACAAACAGCCCAAACAAAAGGCUCCACCAGCAAAACAGAUGCCUGCAAAGAAGGAGCUGGCCAGUGGGCGGAGCAAGGAGGACCCGACACGUGCCUGCUCCACUUCCAGUAGUCCACUGAGCACUCCCAGCAGCAGCGCUGUCCCGUCCCGCUCUCCCUCCUCCACCUCUGGUCUCUCCUCAGGCUUCCUCCACAGCCCCAGUCCCAGCCAGAGCGCCAAGGCCAUCCAGAGCAUGAUGGGGCCGACCUCCAAGUUCCGUCACAUCCAGGGUGCAGUAAUGCACCGGGACACACACAUCACCAACCUGCGUGGCCUCAACCUGACCACACCAGGGGAAUGUGACGGCUUCUGUGUCAACCGCCAACGCGUGGCAGUGCCCCUCGCCAUAUCCGGGGGUCAGAUUGGCAUCUUUGAGCGUUCCCAGCCUGGCAGGCUACCUGAAACAGCCCUGUCCACCAUCCAAAACUCUGUCAAUGUGGUUGACUUAUCUUGGGACCCCUUUGACACACACCGGCUUGCCGUUGCUGGUGAUGAUGCAAAGAUCCGGGUGUGGCAGGUACCAGAGGGGGGGCUGAAAGAGACACUGACUGAGCCUGAGGUCAUCUUGCAAGGCCAUACAGAGAAGAUUUACUCCAUAAAGUUCCACCCUCUGGCCAGCGGACUCAUGGUGUCUUCAUCCUACGAUCUCUCAGUCAGACUGUGGAACCUGGAGAGCGGAGAACAGGUCAAACUUCUCAGUGGACACCAGGACCAGGUCUUUGGCAUGGCAUGGAGCCCAGAUGGCGAGCUCUUGGCCACAGUGUGUAAAGAUGGGAAAGUUCGUAUCUAUGACCCCCGCAAGUCCACUGCACCAGUGCAGGAGGGCCCAGGUCCUGAGGGCCAGAGGGGAGCUCGUGUGGUGUGGGUGUGUGAGGGCAAGUGCCUGUUGGUGUCAGGAUUUGACAGUCGCAGUGAGAGAGUACUCUACCUGUACUCUGCUGACUCCCUGUCCUCUGGAGCCGUAGCCAGCACCUCUAUAGACAUCUCCCCCUCUACACUCAUCCCUUUCUACGACCCCGACACCAGUGUGGUCAUCCUCACUGCAAAAGGUGAUACCAGAGUGCACAUUUAUGAGAUGUUUCCUGAAGAGCCAUACUUUAUUGAGUGCAGCAGUUUUAACUCUCCUGAGCCACACAAGGGCUUGGCCUUUCUGCCCAAGAACGAGUGCAAUGUGCGUGAUGUGGAGAUAGCUGUCGGACUAUUGCUCACCAAGACAACCAUUGAGCCAGUGGCCUUCAGAGUGCCAAGAGUCAAGAAAGAGUUUUUCCAGGACGAUGUGUACACAGACACCGCCGUCUGUUGGGAACCGGCACUGACUGCCUCUGCCUGGCUGUCAGGCUCCAACGGCCAACACAAAAAGAUCAGCCUAAAGCCUAAAGACAUGAUACCAGUGAGUGAGGCUCCUAAAGAGGCUCCAGUUAGAAAAUACCUGCCCUCAUCUGUUUACCUGGAGGAGAAGACUGAUGAACAGAAGAAAGAGGAGCUGCUCAGUGCCAUGGUGGCGAAGUUGGGGAACAUGGACGACCCGCUACCACAAGAGUCCUUUGAAGGGGUGGACGAGGAUGAGUGGGAUGACUAAAGGGGACGCCAGCUUGCCUUUGGUUCAAUCAUGGUGCCAACAGCAAAGAGGAGAGAACAGAUCUACUGUCAAGUUACGUUGCCAUUUGUGUAUGUGAUGGUGCCACCCACAUGUCCUCUUAGCUUAAUCAGCUCACAUCUUAGAGUAUUGUACAAUGUGAAAAUAUAAACAAUAUGGGGGGGGGGGGGGGAUUAUCCUAAUCCAACUGCAUGAAAUUUGAUUUGAAAGUCAUUUUCAGCAGCAAUUCUUAAACAUUUCAGAAAUCCUUCUGGGAUAAAUCUGACAUAGUAAUUUCUUUGUUAGGUCAAAGUCAUAACAAAAUUAUGUCAUACUAUUCUUGAUACAUAUCAGUAAAUUUCAGAAAAAAAAGUCCAUUUAAAUCAUACAUCAGGAUACCUCAAACAUUUCUGGGACAUCACCAUUCUAAAUCAGUGCAAGGUUAAUUAAACAGCAGGUAAUCAUAGCAAUAAUACUUCUGCUUUAUGUUUACAGUAUCAGUUAUAACAGAUCUAACACAACAGUUUUAAUGGAUGGGUAUUUUAGCACAGCUUUGAUUUUGUCUUUGGUAUUUGACCAUGGUUUACGCAUAAUAAAACGCUCUGAGGUGUCCUG